AUGGCCCACAAACCUGUUUCCAAAGAAUGGAUCGCAUUUAGCAGAUUAAGGGGCUCGCUUGAAAACUACAAAUCGAUGAGCCUGAUCCCACCGUCUCAGAGUGGCUGGCGAUGUGUAUUCGCUGGGAAGAACAAGCAUAACAAACUGGCGGAGGAACAUCGCUUGACCGUAACAUACCUUGACAAGCUGUCUAAGUAG